GCGGGGAGGGGGGGUCAGUGCCCCGGGACCGGCCAGACACCGGCAGCGCUGCUCGAUGGGGCGGCAGAGCCGGGCCGGGAUGUGGCUGCUGGGGCUCCCCUGGGCGCUGGCCCUGCUGGCCACCGCGGGCUCCUCCGGCCCCUCCGCCGAGCCCCCGGACCCCGCGUCCAUCUUCGCCGACCUGAGCCCGGAGGAGCUCCGGGCCGUGCGGACCUUCCUGAUGGAGCGGCCGGAGCUGGGGCUGUCCCCGAGCCGGGGGGGGCCCCUGGCCAAGAACUCGCUGUUCCUGGUGGAGCUGCUGCCGCCCAAGAAGCGCUCGGCGCUGCGGUUCCUGGAGCACGGCGGGGCCCGGCCGCGGCGGGAGGCUCGGGCCGUCGUGUUCUUCGGGGCUCAGGCGGAGCCCAACGUGACCGAGCUGGCCGUGGGGCCGCUGCCCCGGCCCAGCUCCUACCGCCCGCUGCCCUUCAAGGGCGGCCGGGCCGUGCCGUUCUCGGCGCGGCCGAUGACCAGGUUGGAGUACGCGCUGCUGCACGAGGCUCUGGUGGCCGCGCUGGCCCCGCUGGAGCCGCUGCUGCUCGAGGCCACCGGCUUCGGCUUCCAGAACUGCUCCGAGCGCUGCCUCACCUACUCCGACAUCGCGCCCCGCGGGCUGGCCCCCGGCGAGCGCCGCACGUGGCUGGUGAUCCAGCGCUUCGUGGAGGGUUUCUUCCUGCACCCCGCGGGGCUGGAGGUGCUGCUGGACCACCGGGACCCCGACCCGCGGCGCUGGGCCGUGCGGCGCCUCUGGUACAACGGGCGCUACUUCGGCAGCGUGCGGGAGCUGGCCGAGAGCCACGCGCGGGGGACGCUGCCCCUGGCCCGCCUGCCCGAGCCCCCCGCCCGCCACCUCUUCUCCAGCUACGAGCCGCGGGGCCGCUUCUCCAGCGGGACCCCCACCGAGGUGCACGGGGCCAAGGUGUGCGAGCCGCAGGGCCGGCGCUACCGCCUGCUCGGGAACCGGCUGCAGUACGGCGGCUGGAGCCUGGCGUUCCGCCUGCGCUCCUCCGCCGGCCUGCAGCUCUUCGACGUGCGCUUCGACGGCGAGCGGGUGGCCUACGAGCUGAGCGUGCAGGAGGCCAUCGCCUUCUACGGCGGCCACUCGCCGGCCGCCAUGCAGACCAAGUACAUGGACGCCGGCUGGGCCAUGGGCGCCUCCAGCUAUGAGCUGGCCCGCGGCGUGGACUGCCCCGAGACCGCCGCUUUCCUGGACGCCCAUCACCUCCUGGACGCCGACGGCCCCGUGCGCUUCCCCAACGCCCUGUGCGUCUUCGAGCUGCCCACGGGCGUUCCCCUGCGCCGCCACUUCGACAGCGACUUCCAGGGCGGCUUCCACUUCUACGCGGGGCUGGAGGGCCGGGCGCUGGUGCUCAGGACCACCUCCACCGUCUACAACUACGAUUACAUCUGGGACUUCCUGCUCUACCCCAACGGCGUCCUGGAAGCCAAGGUCCACGCCACCGGCUACAUCCACGCCACCUUCUACACGCCGCAGGGCCGGCGCUACGGCAGCCGCGUGCACAGCCACCUCCUGGGCAACAUCCACACCCACCUGGUGCACUACAAGGUGGACCUGGAUGUCGCAGGCUCCGGGAACAGCUUCGAGACGAUGGACAUUCGCUUCGAGAACAUCUCCAACCCCUGGAGCGCGGGGGCGCGCGUGGUGCAGCCGUGGCUGCACCGGGAGCCGCGGCGCCGGGAGCGCGAGGCGGCGCUGCCGCUGGCCCGGCCCGCUCCCCGGUACCUGCUCUUCUCCAACCCGCGCCGGCGGAACCGCUGGGGUCACCGCCGCACCUUCCGCCUGCAGCUCAGCUCGCACGCCGGGCCCGUGCUGCCCCGCGGGUGGCGGGAGGAGCGCGGAGUCACCUGGGCCAGGUACCACCUGGCCGUGACACGGCGCCACGAGAACGAGCCGAGCAGCAGCACCAUGUACACCCAGAACGACCCCUGGGACCCCCCGGUCACCUUCGAGAGCUUCAUCCACGACAACGAGACCAUCGAGGACCAGGACCUGGUGGCCUGGGUGACCGUGGGCUUCCUGCACGUGCCCCACGCCGAGGACAUCCCCAACACGGCCACCCCCGGCAACGCCGUCGGCUUCUUCCUGCGCCCCUUCAACUUCUUCAACGAGGACCCGUCGGUGGCGUCCCGAGCCCCGGUGAUCGUGCGGCCCCUGGACCCCCCGAGCUGCACCCGCCUGGAGAUCCGGCGCUGGACCCCCGCCAGCCCCGGGCCCUGCGUCCACCCCGAGCCCUUCACCUACAACGGCACCGCCCGCCCGGUGUGACCCGGGACACGGGGACACGGGGACACCGAGCCGGGAUGGGCCCCGUGCUGCGGGGGUGCCACCUCCCCCGGCCCCGCGGGGACACCGCUGCCACCGGGACACCGUGGCACGGCUCAGCGCCGCCUGCGGGGCUCAGUAAAGGCGAUGCCACCUC